AUGUCCGACCACGAGGAUCUUGUCGAUGGCGAGCCGCCAGUUAUUGACCCUUAUGAGGUCCUGGGCAUUGAGCGCACUGCCACCGCAGACGAGGUCAAGUCUGCAUACCGGAAAGCUGCGUUGCAGAACCACCCUGACAAGGUCCCCGAGGACCAGAAGGCGCAGGCGCAUGAGACAUUCCAGUCCAUUGCCUUCGCAUACGCCGUUCUGUCCGAUCCCGCGCGGCGCAAGAAAUACGAUACAACCGGCUCUACGUCCGAGUCCAUCGUCGACUCUGACGGCUUCAAUUGGAGCGACUUCUACCGCGAACAGUACCGCGACUCGAUUUCAGCCGAUGCAAUCAAGAAAUUCGCCAAGAAGUACAAGAAGUCGGAUGAGGAGAAGGAUGACAUCCUGGUUGCCUACGAGCAGUCCGAGGGCGACAUGGACGCGAUCUACGAAAGCGUCAUGCUCAGUAAUGUUCUCGAGGACGACGAGCGAUUUAGGGCUAUCAUUGACGAUGCUAUUGAAAGCGGUGACGUGCCGGCUUUCACAAAAUACACCAAGGAGUCCAAGAAGUCCAGGCAAGCGAGGAUCAAAGCCGCCCAAGCAGAAGCUGGCGAAGCGGAGGAGUAUGCGAAGGAGCUCGGUGUUCAUGAUAAACUAUUCGGCGAGAAGAAGAGCAAAGGCAAGGGAAAGUCAGCCGAGGAUGGCCUUGCUGCUCUGAUUCGAAAGAGACAGGAAGACCGUGGAAGCAGCUUCUUGGAUGCUCUAGCAGAGAAGUACGGAGCCACUCCGAAGGGCAAGAAGGGCAAGAAGCGGGCUGUGGAGGACGAAGAGCCAGAUGAGGAGGCAUUCCAAGCUGCUGCGGCCCGCUUGAACAAGAAGAAAUCAUCGGAGCCUGCUUCGUCCAAAUCCGGCACAAAGAAGGCUAGACGUUGA